AUGAAGGAGCUUGACAGUGAGACACCAUUGCGUUGUCGUCUGGAGCCGUGGUCAGACAUCCGGGAAAAGUGAAAAAUAAUCCCAUUUUUGGGGUAUUUUCAUUAUAAAACCCAUUGCAAGUGCAUAAGAACAGUUUAAACAAUAUAUUGGACAUGGUGCUGGCCGAAAGAAAUACAGAAAACGUGAGAAAUGGUGGGAGGAGAUCUCGCGGUCCGAGCCCCAACGGUCAUCAUUCGCCUGAAUCCAGUUCCGAUGAUGACAAUUCUUCAUCCAAGAAAAUUGGAAAAUCUUUGAAGAAGUCAAGCGAAUACGAAGCCGAGAAAAUUCGUGUGGGGCGCGACUACCAGGCUGUCUGCCCGGAACUUAUAAAUCCAAUGGAGAGAAAGGUGGAUCAACUAAACGACAGGGCCCUCCUUGUGUGGUCACCUACAAAAGAAAUCCCUGAUGCCAAGUUGGAAGAGUAUAUUACGGUGGCUAAGGAGAAGUAUGGGUAUAAUGGUGAGCAAGCACUUGGAAUGCUCUUCUGGCAUAAACAUGAUCUCGCGAGAGCAGAAUCUGACCUCGCUAAUUUUACACCAUUCCCGGACGAGUGGACGGCGGAGGAUAAAGUGCUCUUUGAGCAAGCAUUCCAGUUCCACGGAAAGAGUUUUCAUCGUAUCCGGCAGAUGCUACCGGACAAGUCAAUCCCUAGCCUGGUGAAGUACUAUUACUCGUGGAAAAAGACGCGGAGUCGUACGAGCGUAAUGGAUCGUCAGGAGAAGAUAAAAAAGAAUGAAAGCUCAGAAAAUGGGAGUGAGAACGGAAGCAAUGAAGAAUCGGAUAGUGAUGAGAAGAAAUGGCCCAUUCAUCGUGGUAUUCAUAGGGCCAGUGGAUCACCCCCUAGAGGAGUCAAAGAUGAUCAGGUAUCAAGCUCUGCAGCAAGCCUCCAGGCGUCAUCAUCUGCAAUAUGCACCAUAAAUUCAAAUAAUUCUGGAAAUGACACCAAUAACGAUGUGCAAGACACAAAAGGUGGUUCACUUCCAAAUACUUCAUCAUCGCCGUCCACAAACGCGUCAUCCGCAUUGUCCUCAACCACUGGUGGUUGUGGCGGAUGUGGUGUUCCGUGUAAUCACGUGAAUAGCACGCCACAGGGCAAAUUAUGCAACAGUUGCUAUCAUCACUGGAGACGUACUGGAAAUUUGCGUCCAACAACGGGCCCUUCGUGUUUUGGGAAGCGAUCCAAAAACAGUCAUGAUAAGCAUAAGCGUAAACCACCGCGUGGUAUGCACAUUAAUCACGAUGAUAUAGUUGCAUUGGCCAAUCCAGAUAAUGACCAAGCCAAUCGAAAUGAUGAACUCCUAGGGGCUAUGGAUAGAGAAAUCGUGUCGCUUUGGUGUCAAAUUCAGCAAAACAAGCAGACAGUUAGUUCAUUAAAGAGAAAAAACUCAGAUUCGGCAGAGGAUUUACGACCAGCGGAAUCCAUGAGCAAAAUUAAUACGCGGUGGAAUAAUGAAGAACUACUCUUGGCGGCGCAGGGUAUACGAAAAUAUGGGAAGGAUUUUCAAGCAAUUGCAGAGACAAUUGGAACCAAGACACCAGCACAAGUACGACUGUUUUUCGUCAAUUACCGCCGUAAAUAUAAUUUGGAUGGCGCUAUGAAAGAUUUUGAGGCUGAAAACUCCCAGCAUCACGAUGCUACUUCCAUUAUGUCUGGUGGAGCAUUUAGUAAAUCAAAUGGUCAACAAUUUAGUGAUGAUGUCAUGGAGAUUGAUAUCGAUGAUGAUUCAAUGGAAAAUAAGAAAGAGAAAGAUGUGGAAAUUACAAUUACAUGUGACGACUCUGAAAAGGGUAAAGAUUCUACGCCCAUUUUGAGAGAUAAUAUUAUACCAGCUGAUUUGGGGAGCAACGCAACUACCAAAUAAACAAAAAUACCUUUUUUUAACGAUAUUGUAAUGCAAGCUGUAGUUAAUAUAAAGUUUUUUUUUAAUUCGUUCCCUGAUUAAAAUAAUUUUAUUAACAAAACGAAAAAAUGAAAUUAUAUAAGGAAUUCUGGGAUUCUUUUUUUCUACAAGCAAAACAUUUUUUUUUUCAAUUCGAUCUAUUAUUUUUAAUGCAAUAGUAAUUAUGCCUUGAUUUAUACUAUUAUUGGACCUUAAUUCAUAUUAUGUAUUUAUUUGCUUUAGAGUGACUGUAUGACUUUCUCGUAGAUUUAUAAACGUGAUUUUUUUUUAUAUAAUUUUUUUAUAUACAAUAAUUUUAACAAUGGAGACAAGAAGAGAUAUGUGAAAUGAAAAGAUUUCUGUUUAUUUUCCAACAAAAAAAAAAGAAAUAAAGUUGUUUUCAUUA